CUCACGAAGGUGCUGGUAGUCCCGAUUAGAUUGCGAGCUUAUCAUGGCUAUCAGUUUUUGGAAAUAUUUGGAAAAAAAAGGAAGUCGAGUAAGAUUCCGCCAGCGUGCACAAACCAUCCAAAACAAGGUCUUAUUGACAAAGAAAUUGUGUAAAUAUCAAAAUUCGUAUCGCCUUGAAUCUGGUAGACCUUUUGACGUCGAUCCUGUUGAUAAAAUAAUUAAAUCUGUAAUAGAAUGUCGUCUUGAAGAUUACACUUACGAUGCUGGUACAGCAUCAGAACUGUGUAGUCAGACUGCUGCUGAAAUACGCAAAAAAAUUUUAUUUAACCUUAAUUUCGUUAGAUACAAAAUCGCAGUAAUUGUCACAAUAGUAGAAAAAAUGAGUCAGGCAAUAGAAACGAAUCUAGGAUUUCUCUGUGAUGUAGAUAGAGAUGAUUAUACUCUUUAUACCCUAGAAACUCAAACAUUUUUGGUUUAUUGCAUUGUCAUAGGCACCUAUUUUGAGUAA